UGUUUUUGCCCACGCUCAAUUACUUCCCCACUGUUCCUACGCCGACGGCGUCGUCGCACACUUCAACGAUGAUUCCGAGUCCACGCUCAAUUACUUCCCCAACUUUUCGAUCUACCUUUUCCUCGAAGCUAUAGAAUCGCCUACCUUCUGCGUUUUGGAGGACGCCGAUUAGCUGAUACGGCCAGGCACGGUGUGCGGGGAAGUCGGUGGGCAUGGCGACGACGAGGACGAGGAACGAGAUGCUGCGGGCGCACUUGGGGAUGGCGCUGGUGCAGGUGGUGUAUGGGGGCUAUCAUGUGUUGACCAAGGCCGUGCUUAAUGUUGGCAUGAACGAGGUGGUUUUCUGCGCCUAUCGGGACAUCGUCGCCCUCGCAAUCCUUGCUCCCUUGGCCUUCCUCCGACGGCGCAGAAGCGUAGGUCUUCAAGUUUCUCCUUGUAUAUUUGCAUCAUUUUUCCUUCUGGGUUUUACUGGGAUAUUUGCAAACCAACUAUUGUUCGUUCUUGGCUUAAGCUUCACAAAUCCAACUUAUGCAUCGGCUAUUCAACCUUCAAUACCUGUCUUUACAUUUGUCUUGGCUGCUCUACUAGGUGUUGAGGCAAUAAGCUUGGUCGCAAUCGAGGGAUGUGUGAAAGUUCUUGGCACUCUUGUAUGCAUUUUUGGAUCGCUAUUAAUGGUAUUUUAUCGUGGUCCAGCUGUAGUUGGAUCAGGAGCCUGUUGUCUAACUUAUCUUAUCAGACUAGAGUUGAAGCCUCAACAUGAAGUGGUUGGAUUGCUAUCGACUGGGUUUCUUGGCUUCGGGUUUGAGAAGUGGCAUGUUGGUGUUCUAUGUUUGAUAGGGAAUUGUUUCUUCAUGGCUGCUUAUUAUGUUUUACAGGCUCCAGUGUUAAGAAAAUACCCUGACAGCUUAUCUUUGACAGCAUACUCAUACUCUUUUGGCGCUUUAAUGAUGGUAUUGACUGGGCUAAUAUCCACAAGUAGCUUCAACGAGUGGAUAUUGACAGUGCCUGAGAUAAUUGCCGUCUUAUAUGCUGGAAUUGUUGCAUCUGCAAUGAACUAUGGGAUAAUGACAUGGUCCAACAAAAUCUUAGGGCCAUCGAUGGUAUCUCUAUACAAUCCUCUUCAACCAGCAAUGUCCACUUUAUUGUCCACAGUUUUCCUAGGAAGUGCUAUAUAUCUCGGAAGCAUUGUAGGAGGGAUUCUCAUAAUUAUUGGCUUAUACUUGGUCACCUGGGCUCGUUACAAGGAGACUGAAUCGGCUACUAUCUCAUGUGAUCCCAAUCACUCUGCCCCACUUCUUGACGAAGAGAAAACACCCAUGAAGAAGAACGAAGCUUCCUCUAGCACUUGCAAUAUUCCUUAGGCCAGCAAUUACUGCCCCGUGGAUCCUGUUUAAGCUGUUCCCUUAUACCAGAAAUAUUCAUCUUCAUUUCAUUCAGUAAAGCUACUGGGAACUAUGAUUCUUUCGGCAAAAAGAUUGUCGCUCCGAGCCUGUAAAGAAGUAAUUCUCUGUAAAAAGUCAUCCAUGAUGCUGAACUUGAUGUGAUGAACAGGAUGUCAUAAAAUCAUGCAAAUUGCUUCUCGUAUUUAAUCUUC